AUGCCCUGGAGAAGGACACGAAGGAGGCCAAGCGCAAGACGAGAUUUCGCCAGACGAGUGUGCCGGGCCAUCCUCUGGGACAAAGUGACACCACUGAUGUUCAAAGAAUUAAGGGGGGAUAAAAGGGAAUCCUACCAAGUGGUACGUCGUCCCAAGGAGUGUACGUGUGAUUGUGUCCGUCAUCCGAAGAGUAGGUUGAGCUGUAACCUUUGUGAGUAUGGGGCUGAAAUGGUUGAGGGUCUUAGUAUGGUGGGGAACGACAUGGAUGUUGAUGCCGAAGAAUCUUUGACCGAAGAGAAAAAAGAUAGAUGCCUCAAGCAAAUUGCCAUGCUCCACAGGAACACAGGUCAUGGUCCCUUGGAACACUUAGUGCGUGCCUUGGAAGCAAGAGGCACAGGUGCUCGGGUCGUGGCCCUAGCAAAAGGCUACGAGUGUGCAGUCUGCAAGGAGCUUGGUCGUCAGGUUCCACGGCCAAGGGCCACGCUGGAACCACUUCCCCCCAAAUGGGCAACCAUUCAGGCUGAUGUGGCUUAUUGGGUCCAUCCUAAGACUGGGGAGCGAUGUCAGUUUGCGAUUAUUAUUGAUGAGGGUUGUCGGUUUCGUGUUGGGAAGAUGAUGGUGAAAGGUUCUGGGGGUGUUAACGGUGAGCAGUCGAUCAACUGUUAUAGGGAGAAUUGGAAACCUGCUUUUGGGAAACCACGCAAACUGCGAGCUGACCCAGGAGGGCCGUGGAGAUCCAAUAGAGUUGAUGAGUAUUUCAUGGGGGAACAGGUUGAGUUGGAUACCAUACCGGCUGAAGCUCAUUGGGGGUUUAGUCAUGUCGAACGGGCUAUUCAGUGUACGAAACACAUCAUGAACAAGUUGGCCAUGGGAGACCAUAACCUGAGUGCGGAAGAAGCCUUGUCGGAAGCCAUCCGAAUUGAGAACGAACGGGAAGUGGUGCGGGGGUUCUCCCCAGCUCAGCACGCUCUGGGAAGAGCGGCAGAUGAACAUGGUAGGAUCACGCCCAGUGGAGCACUGGAAGUGCCACCAGUGUUGGUUGACGACCCCCAAGGGGAAUUUGGUAGAACCAUGGAAGUCAUGAGAGAAGCGGAGAAGGCUAUGACCGACUAUGUCUACAAUGAUCGGUUGCGUAGGGCUCAGAACACCCGUCCUCAUCAAGUUCAGAACUACCAGCCAGGUGAUUUGGUGUUUGUUUGGCGUAUCCAGAACAAUAAUGGAAAUCGUGGUCACCGUAGGGGGGGUUUCACCGGUCCUUGUAGGAUUCUGGCAACGGAAACGCGAGAAACUCCUGAGGGUGUACUGUAUCCUAGCUCUGUGGUGUGGUUGGUCAGGGGAUAUCGUUUGCUGAAGGCUGAUACACGUCAACUCCGACAUGCCACCCAUAGGGAAGAAUGUGUGGAACAGUUGGCCAGUCCGGUGGAUUUGCCAUGGACCAUGACCAAGCUCACUGAGGAGCUUGGGGGACGCCAAUAUGAAGACGUAUCCAACGAAAUUCCUGAGGCAAUGGAGAUGGAGGCAGCACGUGACGAGGAACGGGCAGCACCGCCAAGGCGCAGGUCAGUAGAGGUGUCAGAACGUCACAUGGAUGCCGAAGAACUGUCUCAAAUGAAACAGGCUAAACAUGAGGAAGUCAAGAAGUUUGUGGCAGCUGACGCCCUCCAGGCGUUACCGCCACAUCUACAACCCGACAAACAAACAGCGAUGCGGAUGCGGUGGGUCCUAACAUGGAAAAAGGACGAACAAGGAUGCCGUGCAGCCAAAGCACGGUGCGUCAUUUUGGGGCAUCAGGACCCCAACUCUGAGCAUAGGCAAACCAUGGCUCCCACCAUGUCUCGUACCACCCGCCAACUGAUUCUUUGUUUGGCUGCUGGUCUAAAGAUGAGAGUCGCUAAGGGGGAUGUGUCUGGAGCUUUUCUCCAGGGACGGGAGUACCAACAUGAUGCCUAUGUGAUACCCACGGAUGAAAUUUGUGAGGCCAUGUCCAUUCCCUACGGUUCCAUCACCAAACUCAAAAAGGCUUGUUACGGUUUAGUUGAUGCUCCGUUAGAAUGGUUUUUGACUGUUUCUGACUUUCUUCAAUCUAUUGGCUUUGAGAGAUGUGUGAGUGAUCCUUGCUGUUUCAAAUACGUGGAUAGUAAACAGGGCUUGAUUGGUUUGAUAAGUGGUCAUGUGGAUGAUUUCUUGUUUUGUGGAAGAGAUGGUUGUGAGGUUUGGGAACGGUUGUGCCAACAAAUAAAGGAGAAGUUCAAGUGGGGAACCUGGGAGUAUGACAGCUUCACGCAAUGUGGAGUCAAGAUAGAACAGGAAUCGGACGGGGGUUUUCUUUUGUCACAGACUCAGUACAUAGAAGAAAUCAGGGAGAUUCCAAUCUCCGCAGAACGACGUCGGGAACCCAAAGCUCCGACCUCAGAUCUUGAAAAAACCAGGAUUCGUGCCGCGCUCGGGGCCCUGUCGUGGGUUGCUCAGCAGUCGCAACCCCAGCUAUCAGCCGCAGUAAGUCUGCUGCUGUCACAAGUCACCCAAAGCACGGUGUCCACCAUGAUAGAAAUCAACAAGUUGAUCUACAGGACCAAGUGUAAUCGUAAGCAUGUUCUGCGCAUUCACGGAGGGCUUUCCAUGAACGAUUUUCUGGUUGCUGGCUGGGCUGAUGCUGCUGCACAGAAUAGACCUGACGGUAAGAGUACUGCUGGAGUAGUAGUGACGGUCCAAGACCAUAUUCGGAAAAACAGUGGCAUGUAUUCCCCUUUUUGGUGUCCUGAUACGGAUGCGGAUGAGAACACUGAAGGAGGUGUUGUUCCCACCACCUUUGAUGCUUGGGUGGAUUCCCUGACGCGAAAGGGGCAAUGGAUCAGUGGUUUGGUUUUGAAAGCCAUCAGCCGCAGAUGUGGUGUCCAGAUCGUUGUCAUCGAACUCGUGGACAAUGAGUUUCGCGUUGAUUUGAGCAAGAAAGCUGAUGGUCUGGCUGCCACCCGCCGUGGCAAAAGGGCUGAGCGAGUUGGAGAGGCGGCAUCGCUAUUUUGGUCCGGGAGCCUUUAG